ACUUGGCGUCUUGUGUAAAAUUAGACAUUCUUCCGUUCUGUUAUUUCUGCUGAUAAUAAGACAUAAUCCGUAUUUGUAGCUUUAUUUAUCUCCAGGAAACAUUACGCGGUAAUAAUGUAACAAAUUUUCUGCAUCGUAAGGAACUCUACUAUAUUAUUUCAAUUCACAAUCAUGUUUUGUCUUGAGAGAGUUCUAAUAUUUUAUAACUCUAUCAUACCGCGAAGUACAAAGUAUUCGUACAUGUUUUGAUUAUUUUUGAUAAAAAUAUAGUGUUUAACAUGAUGGAAGACGUGAAAGUUUGCCGAAUAUGCCUUGCAAUGGGAGUAAAGAUGUACAACUUACAUACAUACCCAUUAUAUGGCUACUUUGAAUCAGUUAUUGGGAUCAAUCCUCUAAGCAUGAUGGAACUACCUCCAUACGGUUGUUAUGAAUGCACUGCACUGAUGAAGAAGCUUUAUCAUUUCAAGGAGAAAUGUCUGCUCGGUCAGGCCGAGCUGUACACUAUGUUGCAGGCAACUGGCAAGAUAACUGCAGAAGCCUUAAACAGCAUAGACCGCCAACAACUUAAAUUAAUCACCAACUUAACUAUCAGCCAUGAGAACAAUAUAAUAAGCUACGAACAUAACGAAGACAUUAAAGUCAAAACAGAAUCUCUAAAACCAGCUGAUGAUUUCCUAGUUGAAAUAGAUGCUAUUAAGCAAGAAGACUAUGAUGACUUUUUAAUGACUAAUAUGUCGAGUGAUGAUGAACCUCUUUCUUUACAAAAGAGUCUAAAAGUAAAAAAGAAGUCUGUAAAGAAAAAAGAAAAGAGGGGAAGGAAGAAAAAAGAAAAAGUUGAAGAGUGCAAUGGAGAGUUACAAGAUAUGGAGGAAGCAACUGACAUUCCAAUGACCCUCGAGCCGGAAGCCCCAGAGGCCACAGACCUUUCAGAAGUCCAAGACACUUCAGAAGUCCAAGACACUUCAGAGCUCCCAGAGGCCCCGAAAAAGAAGCGAGGCCGGCCGCGCCUGACCGAGGCCAAAGAAGCGAAGCCAAAGUCGCGCCGGACUCGCAAUACUGGGGGAGUCGGGGUCGAUGAUAUAGACUUGGAAGAGUAUGUCACUGUUGUCAAGUUGACUCCGGAAGAGCAACUGGCUGAGAUAACCAAACGCCAGCAGUCUUCGAACUACCUGAAUGCUCCGUUCCAGUGCAAUCUGUGCUAUAAAGGCUUUAUAGACGCACUGGCUUGGAAACACCAUGUUGGAAAGCAUGAUCCGAGCGCUGGCGAAGUGGAGUGCAACAUCUGCAAGUUCCGUUUCCGGUCCCGUCGAGCCCUGCAGAAGCACGCCGCUAACCACGAGAAGAAAUACGCCUGUAGAUCCUGCCCUUACGUCUCUAAAACAACAACUCAAGCGAAGCAACACCAGCGGUGGCAUAAAGGCGUCACCUACAAGUGCCAGUACUGCGACGAAAUAUCGACUAAAUGGACAUCAUACCUAAGCCACGUGCGAAUCAAGCACCCUUCAGAAUUCAUAUGCGGUGUCUGUGGAUACUCUUACGUCAGCAAACUGGGACUCGCCAUGCACAAGACUAUGAUGCAUAAGGACUAUGUUGAAAAGACUGAACCAGAUACAGAAAAAGAACCAGGUCCAUACUGCCAGGAGUGCGACGUUCAAUUCGUGACAGAAGAAGCGUGGAAGAGACACAUGGUCACCUCCGCUAAACACGCGCCUUCUAACGAUUUCAAGAACGGGUGCCGAGCGUGCGGCAGCGUUUUCGCGACGGGCGAAGAACUCCGUCUGCAUCAUCGCGCCGCGCACGCAAGACGCCGGCCUAAGAACUAUGGGAAGAAGAGAGAACAGGCCUGGCCUGCACCCUGCGAACAUUGUUCAGAAGAAAUCCCCAACGCACGGGAGUACUGGACGCACUUCCGUCGCGCGCACCCUGACAAGCCGUACCCCAUACAGAAGAAUUACAUCUGCGAUAUUUGCGGCAAAAGCUUUAGGGGUAAUGCCUUUCUCGUCUACCACAAGCGCACGCACUUCGAAGAGCGCGCCUACAAAUGCGCCGUCUGCCCCAAAGCGUUCCACAACCGGACCAACCUACAGAUGCAUGAAAAAACACAUUCGGACGCUCGGCCUUACCCUUGUUCCGUGUGUUUCAAGGCUUUCAAGUGUAAAGGAGCUCUGGAUAGGCAUUUUAGGAGUCACACCGGUGUCAAGCCAUAUGAGUGUGAAGUUUGCGGCAAGGCGUUCGGACAAUCCAACAGUCGCAAACUUCACGUCCGUACCGUCCAUCUACGGCAACCAGCGCCCUACGUCAGCCGCGCGAGGAAACGCCGCCCGCUGCUCGACGCGCCUGUGCUCACGUGAAACCCAUUCUAGUGUGAAGAAUGCCGCAAGGCGUUCGGACAGUCCAACAGUGUCAUUAGUGUGAAGUUUGCGGCAAGGCGUUCGGACAGACCAACAGUAUCACUAGUGUGAAGUUUGCGACAAGGCGUUCGGACAGUCCAACAGUGCCACUAGUGUGAAGUAUGCCGCAAGGCGGAGAGUCCAACAGUCGCAAACUUCACGUCCGUACCGUGCAUCUACGACAACCAGCGCCCUACGUCAGUCGCGCGAGGAAACUCCGCCCGCUGCUCGACGCGCCUGUGCUAACGUGAAACCCAUACUAGUGUGAAGAAUGCUGGAGUUGACCAACAGUCUGAAAUUCGACGUGUGAACCUUGUAUUUGAACGUCAGUACCUACGUCAGUCGUGCGAGGAAAGCCAUUCGCUACUUGACGCACUUGUGCUGACGUCAAAAUCAAACCCAAGGAAAACCGUAUGGUUUUUUUAUACCACUUCGGUGGCAAACAGGUAUACGGCCCGCCUGAUGGAAAGAGGUCACCGUAACCUAUGGACGCCUGCAACUCAAGGGGUGUUACAUGCGCGUUGCCGACCCAUUAGAAACGAAACAUUUACGACGAAAGGCGUUGCCCUGCGAAAAUGUGGACAAAAUCGCGAACAAAACUAUUCAAAAAUCUAGUAUGUACGUACAUACUAAUGAAAAAUCGGUCUGCUUGAAAAUCAAGUUUAAUUUUAGAGGAUAUAUAAACCUUGUGGCAUUAUAGAUGUUGGGACCAUUUUGAAAUCUGAAUGAUCUCUGAAUUUUAUCUUAUGUGAUUUGUAAUAAUACUAUUUGUGCAAUAUGUACCUCGUGUGAGAGCAAAAUCAUGGUUUAAUAAGUUAUUAUUUACGCAACUAUGGGAACAAAUCAAAUUAUUUUAACAAAUAUUUUGAUUUGAGUUUUUUAUGUAGUUACACUACUAUAUAUAAAUUAAAAAUCGAAAUAAGAUGUCAUAUAUUAAA